CGCUGUAGCUCGCGCGGAGAUUGGCCCCUUUAAUAAACCAGUUAACACUCCGAGCGCUCACAUUCACUCGCAUCAUCACGACUCUCUCCGCUCUGUCAAACUCUGGAUCUGGCAUUUAAACAAACCCAGUCCCACCUGACAAUUAACACCGGCGAUAACGGAUUAAAGAACAAGGGUGGCACUGCACUUAAAAAAUGUCAGCUUUCUCCUGGUGCCUGUGCCCAGCGCUCCUCCUCCUCAUCACGCUGGCGUCGGUUUCGCACAGCGCUGAGUCCGGGUCUCGAAACAGCGUGUUGCGCCAUUCGUCAGACGUGGCCAACGCCCUGCAGGGGGCGGAGCCGUGGGCGCAGCGGGGCCCACACCACAAGAGGCAUGGCGGCCGCAAGGAUAAAGCCGGAGCCGGGGUGCCGUCCCGGAGACCCCUGCAGCCAGUGGGGCACUCCGAGGAUGAUGGGAUAGGUCUGGAGGGCCUGAGCCCGGUGAGGCUGGAGAUGGGGCCGGGGGAGAGGAGAGGUGGGGGAGCGGCGGUCGGGAGGGACGGCGGCUUCCUGGGGUUCGGGGUUCCGUUCCACGAGCAGGACAACCACGCCCCCGGGAGUGAGGUCUCUCCGAAGGGCAGGCGACACGGGCACCAAUCAGAACACAGGAAGCAUGGCGGCCGCAGGGACAAGGCUCGGCAUGUUAAAGGGCGGCUCCUGCAGCCGGAGCUGGACUCCUUCCUGAAGGAAGUGGAGCUAAUUGAGGACCAUCCCUCCAGCAAGCCCCCUUUAGAAGAAACAGCCCCGGCUGUUUCCACAGCCACAGCCACAGCCACGCCCACGGUCACACCCACGCCCACGCCCACUGUUGCCAUCGUCAGCACCAGCAUAUCAACGGUAACCACGGUGACAAGCAAGGAUCCUCCGGCACUUCCCUCGGCUUCCACCAAACCCCAGCGUCCGCAUCACGGGCGGGGGAAGGCGCAGGGAGAGGUGAUGCCCACGCUGGACAUGACGCUCUUCGACUGGACCGACUACGAGGACAUGAAACCAGCGGACACCUGGCCGUCUUCCCGCAAGAAAGACAAACGGCGCAGUAAGAACAUGAGCAGCGGGAACGUGACUGUGGGGGCGGAGACGCUGGAGCCAUGUGACCACCAUCUGGACUGCCUCCCUGGGUCCUGCUGCGACCUGAGGCAACACGAGUGCAAGCCGCACAAUCGCGGGCUCAAUAACAAGUGCUACGACGACUGCAUGUGCGAAGAAGGGUUCCGCUGCUACGCCAAAUUUCACCGGAACCGGCGGGUGACCCGCCGGAAGGGGCGCUGCGUGGAGCCCGAGUCUGCCAACAGCGAGCAGGGCGCGUUCAUCACCAUCUGAGGGUGUGCGGCGUACCCCCUCCCAAAACCCGGCGCUGAGAGGUUCAGCCCAGUUAAACCCCAACCCCACCCGCCCCUCCUGGACUGCUGUCUGUAUCCACUGACCUUCCCUUUGUGUUUUGGGAAUAAUAUCACGUCAAGACGAAUGCCAUGGAUAUCUUUGUGUUCAUUUUUUUUUUUCCUUUGUGACCUGGCAGCAAAACCUGACGUGUGUACAUAAAUACCUUAACAAGGAUCUAUUUCGUAUUUGUUUUUGUUUCUCUUUUUUUUUUACAUUUUAAUAAUGUGUUGAUAUUUAAAAUACCAGUGCUGCAUACAGGUUUUAAAUCAUUUUAUGUAAAAGGGAAAAAAAGAUGUUGCUUUAUUGUGUAUGUUUUAUUUGUGCAAUGCAAAAACGGGACUUUAAAGGCCUAACAGGAGUGAAAGGGGAAAGAAACGAAAUGUAAAAACGUGUCAUGUGAACAUGCGGACGCAGAGCCUAAUGGAAUCCCUCUGCGGGCUCCCAUCUCUGUCAGUGUACUGUCAUCUGUGCGCAUGACAGCUGUCUGAGGUGACAUCUUAGUCACUGUGAUCAUACUGUGAUCAUCGGGCCUCCUGUAGAGUCUGAGCCUCAGAGUCCUCACUGCAAACAUUUCAUCUGCCAGAAAAAAAGAGGAAUGCUUUGUUUUCAGCUUUGGUUUCAUCAUUAAACCCAGCUCAACACUC